GGAAAAAGGGGUGGGCGGGGGUAGGAGGAGAGACUCGGUGAAACCAGGAGCUCAGCCCUCAAGUCCCGCUGUGCCAAGCUCACCAGGAUUCCUUUGAGAGGGGAGGGAAGGGGUGGGGGAAGAAGGGGCUCUUUGGUACGCACUGGAGCAAGCUGGCUAUGGGGGAGCUGCAUUGGCACCCGACUUGGUAAACCAGGAAAAGUGGGGGCGAGGAUGAAAACAACCUGGGAGUAAGAGAGGCUCUUGUGAAGGGAAGCCACUGCCGCUGCUGCUGCUUUCUUCCCCCUCUUAAACAGCCUCCCCCCUCACAUUGGCGUUCCCUCUCCCAGAUCUGGGCGCUUGGUACUGCCAGUCCCGUCUUCUCUUCGCAGGGGGCAGCCCUUGUGCCACUCUUGGGUCCAGCCGAAGAGCCUUGACUGUCGGUAGUGAAAGCCUGGCCGGACGUCGAAUUGGGGAUAGUCUCGGAUUUGCCAGCGAGAGGGGGGACUGCCCUGCUUUAUCUUCUGAGACCGAAGGAAGGGGGGCGUUUUGCUGGGUGUCGCACCAUAACGGGUCAGACAUGCCUUUGUAUCCAAUUUUGGCGGAAGGAUAGGAGAGUGGAGGGUAACAGUGAGACUGACACGGUCUGUAAGGGAAGAGGGAGGCUUUGGGGGGAGGGGGGAGGGUCCAGGGAGGUAGUUCAGCUCUUAGCAACUCAGCUAAUUUGCAGGUGGAGAAGGAAUGGGUUUCUGUUUUUUAUUUUUUAAUGUUUUGUUUUUAUUGCAACUUGUGGGUGCAACUGAAGGGAGGGAGAAGUGAAGAAAAGAGGUGGAAGGUAAGGGGAAAUGAAGAGGAAAUAAGGGAGAAAAGAGCUUUAACCAUACAAAGGUAAAUACUGGGCUUUCUGUUCUUGUCUGCAUUUCUCCUGCUGUUAAGUGUGGGAGAGCAAUCCCCCCUCCCCCCUUUAGGACUCAAAUCAGAAAGAAGAAAUUUGUCCCAGGGGAGGUUCCAAGCCGUCAUACCUGAAGAGGAAAGGAAGGGUGUGUGGGGGGAACUGAGAGACUUAGGAUACCUGCUUGGGUGUCCUCCCUCCUCCCUUUCCUCUUCAUUUGCUUCUCCUCUCGUUUCCUACCCACCCCUCCCCCUUGUUGGUAUUGGUUUGCAGCGCUUCACUCCUGCGCCUCCUUCCUUUUUGAAUCUGGCCCGCUCCCUCGUAUUAUGUCUGCGCUCCGCAGGAAAUUUGGGGACGAUUACCAGGUAGUGACCACCUCGUCCAGCAGUGCGGGCUUGCAGGGCCAGGGACCUCAGCAGCAGCCGCAGCAGCAGCCGCAGCAGCAGCAGCUGGUCCCCAGGAAGAAGCGGCAGCGGUUUGUGGACAAGAACGGGAGGUGCAAUGUGCAGCACGGCAACCUGGGCAGUGAAACUAGCCGCUACCUCUCCGACCUCUUCACCACCCUGGUGGACCUCAAGUGGCGCUGGAACCUGUUCAUUUUCAUCCUCACUUACACCGUGGCGUGGCUCUUUAUGGCGUCCAUGUGGUGGGUGAUCGCCUACACCCGGGGAGACCUGAACAAAGCCCACGUCGGCAACUACACGCCCUGUGUGGCCAAUGUGUACAACUUCCCCUCUGCUUUUCUCUUCUUCAUCGAGACUGAAGCUACCAUAGGUUAUGGUUACCGCUACAUCACCGACAAGUGCCCUGAGGGAAUCAUCCUCUUCCUCUUCCAGUCGAUCUUAGGCUCCAUCGUGGAUGCUUUUCUGAUCGGCUGCAUGUUCAUUAAGAUGUCCCAGCCCAAGAAGCGGGCGGAGACCCUUAUGUUCAGCGAGCACUCGGUGAUCUCUAUGAGAGACGGGAAGCUGACUCUCAUGUUCAGAGUGGGCAACCUGCGAAACAGCCACAUGGUCUCCGCUCAAAUCCGCUGCAAGCUGCUCAAAUCUCGACAGACACCUGAGGGUGAGUUCCUCCCCCUUGACCAACUUGAACUGGAUGUAGGUUUUAGUACAGGGGCAGAUCAACUUUUUCUUGUUUCCCCCCUCACAAUUUGCCACGUGAUCGAUGCCAAAAGCCCCUUCUAUGACCUAUCCCAGAGAAGCAUGCAAGCUGAACAGUUCGAGAUUGUCGUCAUCCUAGAAGGCAUUGUGGAAACAACUGGGAUGACCUGUCAAGCUCGGACUUCAUACACAGAAGAUGAAGUUCUUUGGGGUCACCGCUUUUUCCCUGUUAUUUCCUUAGAGGAAGGAUUCUUUAAAGUUGAUUAUUCCCAAUUCCAUGCAACCUUUGAAGUCCCCACUCCACCUUACAGUGUGAAAGAACAGGAGGAAAUGCUUCUCAUGUCCUCCCCUUUAAUAGCACCAGCCAUAACUAACACUAAAGAAAGAAAUAAUUCUGUUGAAUGUUUAGAUGGAAUAGAUGACAUUAGUACCAAACUCCCAUCAAAGUUGCAGAAAAUUACUGGAAGGGAAGACUUUCCCAAAAAACUUCUAAGAAUGAGUUCCACAACUUCAGAAAAGGCCUACAGUCUGGGAGAUUUACCCAUGAAACUUCAACGAAUAAGCUCAGUUCCUGGCAAUUCAGAAGAAAAACUGGUAUCUAAAACCACAAAGAUGUUGUCUGAUCCCAUAAGCCAAUCAGUGGCUGAUUUGCCACCAAAGCUUCAAAAGAUGUCAGGAGGUGCAGCCAGAAUGGAAGGGAACCUUCCAGCGAAAUUAAGAAAAAUGAACUCUGAUCGAUUCACAUAACAAGAGCAGACUUUUAGGCAUUAUUUAAAGUUGAAGUUAGUAAUAGUCCAAAUUUUGUCUGACAAAGUAAGCUUCUCCAUAGGACAGAUUGUGAAAAAGAUGGCAUUUCCCUGUGUAUUCCAUGUAUUCAUGGCAAUAUUGCUCCUCCCAGGUAAUGCUGACUAUGUUGAAAAUGGAAAUUGUAAUGGGGAAAAAUAAAAAAGAAUCUGAUAUACUUAAUGGGCAUGUAGUAUCACACCAAGCAUGCAAUAAUGUGCAAAUUUCACAUUUAGUUUUAUGGCAUGAUUCUUACUAUAUUUAUAUUGUACAUUCUGAAAAAUAUUUAGGGAGGGAUUACCCUCCCCUAUAUUUCUAAAGUGUAUAGUAGGCAAAAAUGAGUGGAUAGCUUUCAGGGCACAGUACAAUUUUAAGUUAACAUAUUUACAUAUAUGUAUGUGUACCCAUGUACACAUAUAUACAUGUACAUAUAUAAUUCCAAUCGAGAUUGUAUCGUUCUGUUCAAUAUAAUAGUCCUGCUGCAUGUUUACUUUCUUAGAAUGCUAAGGUUAUUGGCAUUACACAAUUACUAAACAGUUCCUUGAGCCUUAAAUUAUUUGUAAUCUUAAAUUUAUAUUCAAUGUUUGUUUAAGUUUAUCUGUCAUUUAGGAUCAUGGGAGGCUUUCAUUUAUGCUUUAUAAGAGUCAUUCAUAAAGUUUGUACUAUUUUAGGGCUGUGCAAAUGAUAACCCUUAUAGAAUCAAGUUUUUAAAUGCAAGGCACAAAUAUGCAGUGAUAUCACUAUAUAAAGUGUUUUUUAUGUUUUUUGUUUGUUUUUACAAAUGCUGUGAAAAUACUAAAAAUGAGGAAGUGUUGAUUGAUUUGAGAUAUCUGCAGGAUUUGGUCCCAUUUCUGGAAAAGUUAAACUUGAUUUUUUAAAUAAUGAAAAGUUUUAAAUAAUUAUGUUUUCUAAAAUAUCAAGAAACUUACAUUCUCAAACAGCUUCUUACAGGACCCAGCACAUGAACAAAUGCUGAAUCGUUAUGUUAACGAUUAGGAGUCAAAUUACUUUGAAUAUGUUAGACUAUGAUUACAAGUUAAGUGAUGAAUACUUUCUAUUGCAUUGUGAAUCAAUUGAACCCCAUAUAAACAUUGUUGUGUGAAAUUUUUCUCACUUUUAAACCAAGAAAUUAUCUCUCAGCAAGAUGACCAUUUAAUAAUGAACUAUGAUAAAUAUUUAACUAUAAGAGAUAUAUAGGUCUAAUUUGAUUUCAAAUUGUAUUCUUUUCCUCUGCUAACUAGUUUUAUGGUUUAUUGUCCUCAUUUCUUUCCAAACUUUAGCAAUUUUUUUUUUCAAUUCAUUUGAUACUAUUGAUUUGGAAGGGAACUUUUUUGCAUAAAAGAAAUUUAUAGAACAUAAAAUAUGAAAAUCUAAUGUAACAGAACAUUCAGAACAAAAUAUUAGUAAACUUUUGGCUUCACUAGGCUUCCUGCACUAAACUAGUCCAGUCUAGCAUGUAUUUCCUUAAAGCACCCAGCAUAUGCAGGGCACUAUGUUUGGUACCAUGGAUACAAAGAUAAAACAAAGACAUUCUCUACUCUUCAAGAGUUAUAUACUAUAAUAGAAUGCAAACAUUUAAACAAAUAUAUACAUGUUCAUUUGAGAAGGAGGAAGGGGCAAGUACUAAUUACUGUCAGGAUCAUGAAAUAAUAAUUUUGACACAGGAACUGAGAUUUGACCAAUAGUAUUUUCCUAACCCCCACUUCUGAAACAUUUGAAUAGUUAGCAUGAAGUUGCAGUUACUAAUCAAUGGAAUACCUGAGACAGUAAUAUGGAAUGCAGGAGUAAGUUGGCAAUUUGAAGAGGUAACUUUGGUUUUUAUGACCCUUUUUAUAAAGAGCAAGCUGUGAUGAAAAG